CGCGCGGUAAAUGACCAAAUACCAAUUAUUGUUAACGAAAAACUUAUUUCAAUUGGAUUUAGCCUGUGUUUCGUGUUUAAUCUCAAGAUAAUAUAUGAACUUUUAAUAAUUCUUUAUCAAGUGUGCAACUAUGCCGGCUUCUUGGGAACACGACAUUCUCCACGAAAAUGGAAGUUCAUCACAUAAGUCAUCUCGACUUUCUAAGAAGAACACUCAAAUGAAAAUCACAAGUAUGUUUCCCGCGAAACGCAGCAGGAGUCCUGUGUGCAGUCUUGAAGUUAACGAAAAUAAAAAAAUUAAACUUGAUAUUGUUGAAUUACCUAAACCAACAACUGACUGCCUCAAUAAUAGCAUUUCCAAUGAAAACAUACCUUUGGAUGAAAAGAAAUGUGAUGAUAACAAUCUAAUCACUGGAAACAAUGAAAUAAGUAAUAAUAAUAAAUCUUCAGAAAUAAACAAAAAUAAAGUAUUAAGUGACAUCCAUCAAAAUGAUGAAGCAAUGCAAAAUAAAUUGACAAAAAAUGGUAAUGCUGAUAGGCCCAAUAUUGAGCAAGAAGCAAAUAAAAACCUACCAGACCUGGAGAAAUGUACCGUUUGCAGACAAUAUGUGAAUAACUCUGAUAUCAUCUACUACCAGGGUCAUCCCCAGGAUGCUGUAGAGGAAUUUAUAGCUUUAACAAACGAAAAAUUAACACUUUCUUCUGGUCAGGAUGGUGAUGUAAUGGAGAGACCACAAACAUAUAUAACUGGAUUUUCAAUAUUUGAUGAGUAUGGCCACUUGUGUCCAAUUGAUGCAGGCCUUGUUGAAAGUGAUGUACGGAUUUAUAUGUCGGGGUAUCUCAAGUCCAUCUGCUCUGACUCAGCGGAUAUUGACGAGGAAUCUUGUCCAGUAAAAGAUUGUGGGCCUAUUGUAGAAUGGUAUAUCCAUGGCUUUGACGGUGGAGCUAAUAACUGUAUCACCUUGUGUACUGAAUAUGGUGAAUACAAUUUACUUAAGCCUAGUACAGCAUAUAAACCUCUCAUGGACAAUCUUUAUGAAAAAAUAUGGCUCAGUAAAGUCAUAAUAGAGUAUAUAGAAGAGUAUCAUUAUCUUCAACCGACAUAUGAAGAUCUAUUGGAAAUAAUCAGAGGACAUACGGUUCCAGAUCUAGAUGAUAAGAAAAUGUCAGAAGAAAUGCUCCACAAACAUGCUCAGUUUAUAUGCGACCAAGUCGUAGGUUUAGAGGCAGACGAAGACGAGAAGCCUUUGAUCACAUUACCUUGCAUGAGGGAACUAAUUAAAUUAAUGGGAAUUAAAUUUGGCAAUCGGAAAUUCCGUGCUAAAAUUGAUUACAAAAAGGUCGAUAAGAAGGCAUGGACCAAAGCGACCACUACUCCUCUAGUGCAGAAAACAUUCGAAAGUUUCUUCUCUAACCAAUUAGACAAGACUGACCAUGAACUUACUUUAAGGAAAAAAAGAUGCGGGGUGUGCGAGGCUUGCCAAGUGCCGGACUGCGGGGAGUGCAACGGUUGUCGCGCCAUGUGCAAGUUCGGCGGGCACGGCCGCUCCAAGCAGGCUUGCGUGCGGCGCCGCUGCCCCAACAUGGCCGUGCAGCAGGCCGACGACUCUGAGCCGGAAGAGGACGAUGACUACCAAACGGCGGAAAAGCUAAAGCUCGAUAAAAUCGAUGACGCUGUAUCGGUCAAAGAAACCAGAAAGAGCAGCAAGAAGAUUAAAUGGAUCGGGGAACCGGUCAAGGUAGAUACUACGAAAGUAUAUUAUGAAAGAGUUGAAAUUGAUGGUGCCGAGUUUUCGUUAGGAGACUUUGUAAUGCUAGAAACUUCGAAAUCAAAUAUUCCUGCCCUGAUUUCGAGAAUCAUUUAUAUGUGGGAAGAAAUUAAUAAUAAUAAAAGCCGGUGCUUUCAUGGUGAAGUUUUCUUUAGAGCUUCGGAUACUGUACUGGGAGAGGUCGGUAACGCAAGAGAAGUGUUUUUGGGGGAUCGAUGUUGCCACGGCGCCCCGCUUUCUUCUAUUUUAAGAAAAGCUUGUGUCGAAAGGCGAGAUCCUCCGCAAGAUUGGUUUAAAUUGGGAGGGAAAGAAGUCGAUGAAGAGCUUUUCGAAGAUGAUGGCAAAACAUACUUCUAUCAAAAAUAUUAUGAGAGAAUUACUGCACGUUUCGAGGACCUACCGAUUGACGCCGAAUGCCCUAAUGUCCUAAGAAAGCAUAAAUUUUGCUCUUCUUGCGAGCGCAAAUUGAGACGUGAAAUGAAAGAUAUACCUAAAGUUAUUGACAAAAUCACAGAUAAGUCGGACAUAGUUCAAGAAGCAAAUAGAACCGAAUGGACGACUGUCAAAUGGAGAGAUAAUGACUAUAAGAAAGGUUGCGGAGUAUUUCUUAAGCCGGGCACUUUCAAAUUUAAAAAUACUGUCAGUAAGAACAUAAGUAACGGGAAAAUGAAGUUAGAGAACAUCGAUGAAAAUGUAUAUACAGAGUAUUACAGGAAGAGCGUUAAUAAUAUGCGCGGCUCCAAUGCGGACACGGGUGAGCCCUUCUGCGUGGCGCACGUGGCCGCCGUGGCCGCGGCCGGCGCUGGCCCGCUUGUCGCGCCGCAGGACAUCUACCUGCGCGUCAACGUGCUCUACCGGCCCGAGAACACCACUAGCAAGUUUCCAAACAACGAAGAUCUCAAUGUAGUCUACUGGAGCGAAGAAAUCAAAGAGAUACCAUUUUCGGCCGUCGUAGGACUGUGCCAUUUAGUGUACGUGGAGAACAUUCCCCAGCAGGACUACAUACAUGAAUGGCUGGAGAUGGAUCCCAGCAGAAUCUAUUUCAGACAAUCUUUCGACCGGGCCUCGGGCGAGUUCGGUGACGUCCCGCACCACGCGAAGAUCGUCGGUCGAGGAGACAGGAGGAAAGAUAAGGGGAAGGGAAAAGGCAAGUCCAGCAAACCGGCGGACUCGAGUGUCGCUAAUACUCUGGAGAUAAACGUGAGACCUCUGAAGACCCUGGACGUGUUCGCCGGCUGCGGUGGCCUAUCGGAAGGCCUGCAUCGCUCCGGCGUUGCCGAGUGCAAGUGGGCCGUCGAGAAUCUGGAAGCCGCGGCUCAUGCGUACUCCCUGAACAACAAAAACUGCGCAGUGUUCAAGGAGGAUUGCAAUGUGCUGCUGAAGAACGUGAUGGCGGGCUUGACGCACAGCGCGGACGGCCUGCGCCUGCCCGCCCGUGGCGAGGUGGAGCUGCUAUGCGGCGGCCCGCCCUGCCAAGGCUUCUCCGGCAUGAACCGCUUUAACUCACGCGAAUACUCCAACUUCAAGAAUUCGCUGGUGGCGUCGUACUUGUCCUUCUGCGAUUACUACCGCCCCAAAUACUUCAUCCUCGAAAACGUACGGAACUUCGUCGCGUUCAAGAAGGGCAUGGUGCUGAAGCUCACGUUGCGCGCGUUGCUGGCCAUGGGCUACCAGUGCACGUUCGGAGUGCUGCAGGCCGGCCACUACGGCGUGCCGCAGACGCGGCGCCGCCUCAUCAUCCUGGCCGCGGCGCCGGGCCAGCGCCUGCCGGCUUACCCCGAGCCGACGCACGUCUUCAGCCGGCGCGCCUGCUCGCUCACCACCAUUAUCGACGGCAAACGGUUCUCGAGCAACAUUAAAUGGGACGAAUCUGCCCCGCGACGGACGGUAACGAUCAAAGAUGCUAUGGGCGAUUUGCCUGAAAUAUGUAACGGCGCUAAUAAAAUCGUGAUAGAGUACGGCUCGAUGCCUGAGACGCAUUUCCAGCGUUUGGUGCGAAGCCGAGACGAGAGCGCCAACCUUCGUGACCACAUCUGCAAGAACAUGGCGCCGCUGAUUCAGGCGCGCAUCGCCCGAAUACCCACGACGCCCGGCUCGGACUGGCGGGACCUGCCCAAUGUAUCAGUUCCUCUCUCCGAUGGAACUAAAUGCAAGGUGCUGCAGUAUCGCUACGAAGACAAGAAGAAUGGGCGCUCAUCCUCCGGCGCGCUGCGCGGCGUGUGCGCGUGCGCGGCGGGGGGCACGUGCUCGCCGGCCGACAAGCAGGAGAAUACGCUCAUCCCCUGGUGCCUGCCGCACACCGCCAACCGCCACAACAACUGGGCCGGCCUUUAUGGUCGCAUUUCAUGGGACGGGUACUUCAGCACGACGGUGACGGACCCCGAGCCGAUGGGCAAGCAGGGCCGCGUGUUGCACCCCGCGCAGAAUCGCGUAGUGUCAGUGCGCGAGUGCGCGCGCUCGCAGGGCUUCCCCGACACCUACCUCUUCGCCGGCUCCGUGCAGGACAAACAUCGUCAGAUUGGAAAUGCUGUACCGCCGCUGUUAGGUGCGGCAUUAGGCAGAGAAAUCAAGAAAGUUCUGAAUGCUUUAAAAUAAAUGUGACAUAUCUGUAUGCAAAGACUUUUUUUAAAAUAGUGUUUUAAAAUAAUUGGGACAUAAAUGUAUACAAAGAUUUUAUAUAAAUAGUGCCUUAAAAUAAUUGUAACGUAUCUGUAUGCAAAGACUUUUAUAUAAAUAGUGCCUUAAAACAAUUGUGAUGUAUCUGUAUGCAAAGAUUUUUUAUAAGUAGUGCCUUAAAACAAUUGUGAUGUACCUGCAUGCAAAGAUUUUUUAUAAGUAGUGCCUUAAAACAAUUGUGA